AUGACAUUCUUGAAGAAUUCUGAUUUUCUUGUUAGUGCGAUCUGGUAACACAAAAAAAAAAAACAGAUGUCCCAAGAAGUUGGAGGAUAAUUAAUAAUGUUUUUAAAUGACAUAGGCCAGCCCUUAAUACUGGAAAAGGGAAAAGCUUAUAGCUCUUAUGAGGAGCACUGUGGAGCGUUGCUCUUUUCAUCAGCCGCCUUAGGAGAUUUAAUUACUCCACAAAAUUGGUGCAAACUAGCCGUAGGGUCGCAGCUGGACAUCUUACGGCUGCAAUCCCAAAAAUCUUUUUCAGAAAGCUGCACAUUUAAAACCCUGCUUCCCAAUAAACCUACCCGAAUAGUGUACGAUGGAAACGAGAUUACAAUCACAUUGAUACCUGCUGGAAGAAAGCAAAACGGCUUGGAGUGCCAUCUGUUCUAUAUAGAAAACGGCCAUACACGAUAUCUGAUUGUGGACUGCCUAUCAGGCUAUCUGGAUUUUUUGCCGAAGGCCUCUGAUUGCUUUCACAAAGGGCUCCGUCUAGGAAUCGACGUACUUUACGUAGACGAAGAGGUUUUGGUACAGAACCAAAUCAACGAGGAUCUCUACAGUUUGGUUGACCUGAUUAGACCAAAGUUCAUAUACGGGUUAAGGCAGCGGGAACUGCCGAAGUGGCUACUCGAUCUGCGUCGGAUUGAUGAUAGAAAUAAAAAGUAUAGCGUACUUUCCGUACAAAAUGAUGCAUUUAAGGUUUAAAACAAACGACCAGUUAACAGUCAAAUAAAAUCUAACUAAGACUA